AUGGCUAGUUUAUCAAGCAAACAAAGUAAUACCCUCGCACAAAACCAGCUUGUACAAUGGAUAAACGAUGCUGGAAUGGCGGAAGGGGGCAGGAGAUCGGAUUUGGUGAGGAAAGCGGUGGAACUGAUGCUGUAUCAGUGUUCUUCAGUGAUUCCAUUGUACAUAGAUAACAUCCUGAGCUAUGUGAACGACAAAUCAACGGACGUGAAGAAGCAGGUCAUCUCGUUUAUUGAGGAGUUAAGUAAACUCCAUCCGCAAUACAUACCCAAGAUCAUAGCAGAACUGCGUCUAUUAGUCAGUGACUUGGUGAUUGCUGUACAGAAGCGAGCUAUUCAGGCGUCCAGUAUUGUGUACCGUAAUACUCUCAUGUGGAUAUGUCAGGGUAGAGCUGAAAUGUCCGAAAUGCAGUUUGUGUGGGAAAACAUCACACAGCUGAAGCUACUAGUAUUGAACAUGAUAGACAGCGACAAUGAAGGCAUACGGACCCACUCCAUAAAGUUCCUGGAAGAGGUGGUCCUGCUUCAGACUCCUAGUGAUGGAGCAGGAGAUGAGUUCAGUCUGGACACUCUGCCUGCUAACAUGACUUUCAUCAACCGCCGGGCUUUAGAAGAAGAAUCUGAGCAUAUAUUCAAAUUGCUGGUAAAAUUCCACAACUCACAACACAUAUCUAGCGUGAACUUGAUGGCUUGUAUGACCACACUCUGCCUGCUCGCUAAAUUCAGACCAAAGUUCAUGCCGCGAGUCAUUCAAGCACUGGGUGACCUUCACACGACACUACCACCAACGUUAUCACAGUCACAAGUGAACUCAGUACGGAAACACCUCAAAAUGCUCCUAAUUAACCUAAUAAAGCAUCCGUCUUCCAAUGACAUGAUGCCGCAGCUAACACAACUGCUGUUAGACAUCGGAAUGACCACGCAGGAAAUAAAUAAGGUGCUCCCAAAAGAGAAAAGGAAUAAGCGCGUCGGUGAACUGAAGAAUGGCGAUGUUCCAUCAAAGAGGAUGAGGAUAGACUCCCCACAGAGUAACAGCCAGGGCAGUGACAGCAACAGCAGGACCGACUUCAACAUGUUCGAGGAUGAUACUCCCCCUGCUCCAAAAGCACCCGUAGUUCCUACUGAAGACUCCUUAUUCGAAGGAAUAAACAAUGUAGAUAAUGUAGUCAACCUCGUUACGCACACUCUUGUGAGUUCCCUUCCAAAUGAAAUGCCCAGCAACUUCGUGAAUGUCUAUAAACCUAUUCCUAACUCCGGGACCAAAGUUCAGAAGAAAAAUCUCGCGAAGAUGUUGCUUGCGUUGAUCAACAACAAAGAUGAGCCGGAACCAAUUCCACCUCCUGCAACGUCUUCCCUCUCUGAUCUCACAUCUAAAAUACCCCUACUCAGAGACGACGAGGAGAAGGUCACGCUCAAAAACGCCGUAGCAAAGUUGCAAGAGUCCACAAAGGACAGGCAAAUCGAGAAUGCGGUAUCCAAGCUUAUGGAGGAAACGAGACAGGACCACCUGAAGGAAGAUGAGAGAAAACAGAAGGAGAAAGAGAAACCAGUACCACCACAGACACCGACAGUUCCUAAGCUAAAACAGAAAGUGAAGUUGUUGAAAUUGCAGGAGAUCACGCGGCCUAUACCGAAGGAGAUCAAAGAGAGGUUGAUAACUCAAGCUGUGAGUCGGAUAUUGAACGCAGAGACGGAGAGCGCCAUCGGUGGAGUGGCACAUAUUCGUGCUAAGUUUAUCACAAUAUUUGCUUCAAGUUACACACCAGAGUUAAGAGAUUUAGUCUUAAAUCAUAUUCUAGACGAUCCAGCGAACAGAAUCGAUUUGGCUUUAUCGUGGCUGUAUGAAGAGUAUGCAUUUAUGCAGGGUUUCAAUCGUCAUCCGGUGACGUUGCAGCCCAAAGUACAUGAGAAGCAUGAUCAGAAUUACAAUCAGUUGCUUUGUGCGUUGAUUACUCAGAUCUCAGAGCGUGGAGACCCCGUAAUGGAAGGUUCCAAGGACAUGUUGUUGAGGAAGAUAUACUCUGAGUGUCCGGUGGUGACUGAUGAGGCGGUGGACUAUUUGAAGCACCUGGUUACGGAGGAAAAGGUCGCAUUGUUGGCUCUGGAGUUAUUGGAGGAACUCUGCUUAAUGCGACCUCCAAGGGCACACAAAUAUAUCACGUCGUUGGUGUGCCAUGUUUUAAAUGAAAACGAGGAAAUAAGAGACGUGGCCUUGAAAGCCGUACUGAAGAUAUAUAGCCGUACAUCAGACGCGGUUCGCAAGGUGAUAGAGAAGCACAGUCUACUGUACCUGGGCUUCAUCUCCAUGCCACACCCACCACAGGAGCUGUGCGACACGCGCACUGGCCGGGCCAUGUGGACUGAUGAACUGUAUCAUAUGUGCCUUAAUCUUAUUAUGGCGUUAUUGCCAACGAAUGAAGAACUAAUAAUAGAAGUGGCCCGAGUGUACGGUUCGGCCGGGUCGGAAGCAAAGCGUUGCGUGCUCCGCGCGGUGGAGGCCCCGGUGCGGGCCGCCGCCGCCAGCCAGGCCACGCAGCUCAGCCCCGCAUACGUCGCGCUGCUGGACGAGUGUCCACGAGGCGCGGAGACCUUACUCACACGACUAGUCCAUAUAUUCACUGAGAAAGCGCCCCCGUCCCAGGAGUUGGUAUCAAAAGUGCGGGAACUGUAUGCGACGCGAGUGUCAGACGUUCGCUUCCUCAUACCUGUACUCACGGGACUGUCCAAAAAAGAGAUCCUGGCAGCUCUGCCGAAGCUUAUAAAAUUAAACCCAAUGGUCGUGAAAGAAGUUUUCAACAAGUUGUUGGGACUGCAGAAUCCUCAUGAUGAAAAUUCGCCAGUUACUCCAGCGGAACUGUUGGUGACGCUGCAUCUAAUAGACCCGAGCAAGGCAGACCUCAAGUACAUCAUCAAGGCCACCGCACUGUGCUUCGCUGAGAAACAAACUUAUACGCAAGACGUGUUAUCAGCAGUACUACAAAGGUUGUCCGAGGAGCCUGAGAUCCCGGUACUCAUGAUGAGGACAGUGCUGCAAGCUCUCACGCUGUACCCAGCACUGGGACCGCUCGUACUGAAUAUAUUGCAGCUGCUUAUUGAGAAGGAGGUGUGGCUGAACAAGGUGGCGUGGGAGGGCUGGGUGAAGUGCUGCGAGCGCCUGGUGCCGGCGUGCGGCGCGCUGCUGGCCGGGCUGGCGCCGCGCGCGCUGGCGGCGGCGGCGGCCGCGCCGCGCCUGCUGGCCGCGCUCCGGCACCAUCUGCACGCGCUGCCGCACGCCGCACGACUCGCGCUGCCGCACCACGUGCGAGCACUCGCGCAGCAAGAGCCAGCGCCAGCGUACCCGGCGACGAUGGCCCCGGGUCCGGGCAUGACUCCAAUGUCAGUUCCACCUCCAUCCAUGACCCCAGUCCCGUCCUCCACACCCAUUCCCACCCUGACUCCAGUCCCGCCACCCAACCCAGUGGAGCCAUUACCUCCAGGAAUGGAAUGA